AAAAAAACAAACUGCUACUUCAAGUUGCACUGACGACGCCUCUCCAACAGAUAGCGACAAACAACGCCUAAUUUCCUUCCAGGAGCUCUUGCACGGAACCUCCGACGAGAGAUGGGAACCUGGUCCCGCCGUCUUCCCAGUCCCGGCUCGUUCCCCUGUCCUAGAACCCCAGAUGUAGGCCUGGUCGAGGACACUGCAAGACAAUAAGGCCUUGGAAUGCCUGCCGAGAGACGCCGGCGACAGCGGCGUACGGCGUGAGAAGGAUCAUGCGAGACGCGGAUGCUGCGUUCUGCCGGGUCAGGUUACGCAAAAUGAGGCACGCUCCAUCAGGGCUCAGCCAGCUCGGAAAGGAUGCCAGCUGCUAGCACAAUGACUGGUGGGAGGGCGCUACUGCUCUGUACAAACACUGACAACUGUAUCUACCAAUCAGUCAACGGGCUCCAGUGCUGUGGCUUGAAGAUUGGGGAGGCUCCGUCGUCGGUGGUGCCCCAACGCCAAGAGGUGUGCGGGCUACCAGGGGACAGAGACAAGAGGGACGCCGCUGUGCGCGGCAUUCGUCCGAUCUCCCCCACAAUCAGCCUGAGGGACAGCACCAGCCCUCCUGGUAAAAUGCUGACACACAGAAGAGCCGCCAGCACCAGUGACCCAAGGACUCCCAACAUGGAGAACGGACAGUGCGGCAAGCUGAAUAAGAGCCAAACGGGCGUCAAGUCUGCGAGCAUCCGCGAUAAAAUCUCCCAAUGGGAGGGCAAAAAAGAGCCGAGCCAAGCAAUUUCUACGGACGCUUGCCCGCUUAGCACGACACAGAAGGAAAUUGAGUCAGUGAGAAAAAAGGAAUUCAAAACUCCGGAGGUACAACGGACAAACAGCAAGAGAUUUGUAAGCUGGGACAGGCAAGACCCAGGAAAGGAAAAUGCCGGAAAGCUUGGGGAUGGGAGGACUAAAUCUCUCGAAGGUCCCACAAACAAGGACAAAGAAUUGAUUCUAGAGCGAGGACUGCGGGCUACUAAGGCAACAGAGCAGCCCCAGGACAAAAAAAACGUUCUGACUCAUGUUAAGAAACUGGAAAAGGCAACAAAAGAAGUUCAAGGUGGAACAACGCUGGCUUUUCCAGGGAAUUACUUCUGCCCACCUUCAAAAGAAGAGCUGGAAGAAACAGAAAAGCGUGUCAACGAACCCAUUUUUGGUACUUUUGAUGUCUCCCGGCCUGUUGGCUCGAGGUGGAGGAGAGAGGGCGAUCCAGAAAACGUAUACAGUGAGCCAGGUGCUCCGUCUAUUAACCCUUUGCCAAAACCUCAGAGAACCUUCCAGCACCACACGCCGCCUUCGACCCCGAUUUCAGGGCCCGGCUCUUGUAAGGGCAAGAGGAAUUUGCCGCCAUUGCCCUCCAUUCCCCCUCCACCUCUACCCACUUGCCCGCCUCCCGGAGUUUGCAGGAGACCGUGGACGGACAGAACCCACGACAAGAACCACAGGAAGUCGUACGAAUUUGAGGACUUGCUCCACUCGUCUUCAGAAAGCUGCAGGGUGGAUUGGUACGCUCAGUCCCGCCUGGGCCUCACACGCACUUUAUCGGAGGAGAAUGUCUACGAGGACAUCAUCGAUCCUCCAUCCAAGGAAAAUCCCUACGAAGAUAUUGAGUUGGAAAAAAGUUGUUUGAGUAGCAAGUGUGUUUCUCCUGCCUCCUCUUCGCCCAUUCCUGAUACUCCAACUAAGCUCAGCUCCAAGCCGGGCUUCUUCAGGCAGACCUCCGAGAGACGAAGCUUCAAACUUUUGGAGUUACGCAAGGCCAACAGGGAGGCCGGCGUGUCGUCACCGUCGCGCGCCAGCCCACCUUCCACGCCAAGCAGCCCCGACGACACCCCUUCCCUCUCCGGGGACCCGUACAACCGGCGGCGGAGGAAAAUUCCCAAGAUGGUGAUGAAAAUCAAUGGCAUCUUUGAGGCUCGGAGAGGGAAAAAGCGCAUGAAGAAGGUGUCACAGUCUACGGAGUCCAGCUCAGGGAGAGUGACUGAUGAGAACAGCGAGUCCGAAAGUGACACAGAGGAGAAACUAAAAGCUCACAGUCAGAGGCUGGUGUCCAUCCAGUCCAUGCUGAGGCAGACGGGGCGGUACCGGACCUUGGAGAGGGAUCUGACGGAGGAGAGAAAACUCUUUGAGUACUUCAUUGUGGUGGCCCUCCACAAGACCAAAGCUGGGGUUCCUUAUCUGCCGGAAGUCACGCAGCAGUUCCCUCUCAAGCUUGAACGGAGUUUCAAGUUCAUGCGGGAGACCGAGGACCAGCUGAAGGUCAUCCCUCAGUUCUGCUUCCCCGACGCCAAAGACUGGGCGCCCGUCGACAACUUCCCCAGUGAGACGUUUUCAUUUGUGCUGACCGGCGAGGAUGGAAGUCGUCGAUUCGGCUACUGCAGGCGAUUACUGCCCAGCGGUAAAGGCCGAAGGCUCCCCGAGGUCUACUGCAUCGUCAGCCGGUUGGGCUGCUUCGACCUCUUCUCCAAGAUCCUGGACGAGGUGGAGAAGAGGAGGGCCAUCUCGCCUGCGCUGGUGCAGCCCUUCAUGAGAGGCAUCAUGGAGGCGCCUUUUCCAGCUCCGGGAAGGACCAUAAGCGUCAAAAACUUCCUGCCUGGCUCUGGAACGGAGGUGAUCGAGCUGUGCCGGCCGUCCGACUCUCGUCUGGAACACGUCGACUUUGAGUGUCUCUUCUCCUCGUUGAGUCUGCGGCUGCUCCUGCGAGUGUUCGCGUCCCUGCUUCUGGAGCGCCGGGUCAUCUUUACUGCUGACAAGCUCAGCACCUUGUCGCAGUGUUGCCACGCCGUGGUGGCGCUCCUCUACCCGUUCGCCUGGCAGCACACGUACAUUCCCGUGCUGCCGCCUUCCAUGUUGGAUAUCGUGUGCACCCCGACCCCCUUCAUCGUGGGACUGCUCUCCAGCUCGCUGCCUCGACUCAAAGAGCUUCCGAUAGAGGAGGUCCUGGUGGUCGACCUCGGCAACAGCCGCUUCCUACGGCAGAUGGACGACGAGGACUCCAUUCUGCCCCACAAGCUGCAGGCAGCUCUGGAACACGUACUGGAGAAGAGGAGGGAGCUGGCCUCGGACAAAGGGGACCUGCUCAAUGACUCCAGCUCGCUCAGCACGGUGGUGUCGGAGGCCUUCGUGCGCUUCUUUGUGGAAAUGGUGGGCCACUACUCGCUCUUCACGGGCGGGUCGGAGCGGGAGGACGAGUCGUCCGUUUCGUCUCCCGCGUCGCCCUGCCCCUCCUCCUUCUCCUCGUCGUCGUCCUCCUCCUGCUCCUCGUCCUUUCAGCGGGAGGCCUUCCGUAAGGCUGUCACCUCCAAGAGUUUGAGGAGGUUCUUGGAGGUGUUCAUGGAGACCCAGAUGUUUACAGGCUUCCUCCAGGAGAGGGAGCUGCGGAGACAAGGCCUCCGAGGUCUGUUUGAGGUGCGAGCGCAGGAGUAUCUUCACUCACUUCCUGGAAGCGAGCAGCGAGGAGUAAACAAGUUCUUAAAAGGCUUAGGAAACAAGAUGAAAUUCCUCUCCAAGAAGUGAUGCUUGAAAACAUGCUGACAAAAGUAGGCGGGGGGCAGGUGGGGGGGUCGGGGGGUGGAUAAUGUGGGUCGCUUACAAAUGAAAAGAAAACCCUUAAAGUUGAAUAAACUCAUUCUCGCUUGUGUGUGAAUUCAAAUUCAGUGUAAAGCAAAACACAUUGUAAAUACUUCAGGACAUUUCUGGGCCACGCAUACAUUCCAACUACUUCCCAUCGAAGUUUUGACGGUAGUACAACUUCUUCUUCAACAGGAGGCUUUAAUUUAUAUUAUUUCCUUUUUUUUUUGGAUCAAUGUAAUCUCCCUUCGCGUGUGUGUGUAAAGAAAUCUCCUGUAGUUUGUCCAUAGGCUUUAUUUAACGAGAUCUAGACUUUUUUGUUGUUGUUGUUAUUGUUGUUGACUGUACGUACAACCCUCGCAAGCCCAUGAACUGUUUUUGCCUGUUUAUCACCAGAGUAGGGAUGAGCACCAACUGAAAGGAAAAUGUGAAGAGGAGCAAAAAAUGAAUGUGAACUCUCACGUGUGGGUGUGUGUGUGUGUGCGCGCGCGUGUGUGUGUGGUAGGCUCUAUAGGUUUGCUUUAACCUUUGAGAAUGGAACCUUGUAAAUAAAGA